CCCGAAAGACAAGGGCCAUGUAGGAAAGUAGCCACAUUCACAUUUUGAGAACACCAGCAAGAUCUGAUUAUUUUACUUCCUUUUUCUAAUUCUGUGGGCCUUAUCUGAGUACUACUCUCUGGCUGUCCUUCACAGACGGGAGAGAAGCCUGGCUUCUGGUAAGAUGGGUUUUCCCUGCCAUCGGCGGGACCAGGUCCCUGUGCUUCUGUGGCUGCUGCUGCUGAUCCUGGCUCCCGGACGAGAGCAAUCAGGAACACCUCCAAAAGCUUUUCUUCUCCUUGAACCUCCAUGGUCCAGAACCUUCAAGGGAGAAAAAGUGAAUCUCACCUGCAAGGAUGGCCAUUCUCGGGCCCAGAGAUAUGUAUCUUGGUAUUACAAUAGAAUUCCCUUGGGAAGUAGACCUGGAACAAUCCAAAUAGACAAGUCUGGAUAUUACAUAUGCAAGACCCCAAGAUCUUCCUUCAGUGACCCUGUGCGUGUGGAAUUUUUAUCUGACUGGCUGAUCCUCCAGGCUUCACACCCUGUUUUUGAAGGAGAUGAUGUAACUCUGAGAUGCCAGGGGAAGGAAGAAGAAGAUAUUUAUGAAAAGACUUACUACAAAAAUAAAGAAGAAAUGAGACAGUGGUCACAAUAUCAGUCAGAGGUCAGAAUACAUUCAGUCUCCAGGGACAAUAGUGAAUAUUAUUGUACUGCUUCUGUGGAAACUUUAUGGAGCCUAUGGAUAGAAACUUCAAAACCUUUAAAGAUCCAAGUUCAAGAGCUGUUUCCAAAACCUGUGCUGAGAGUCAGACCUUCCCAGCCCAUCGAGGGGAACCCAGUGAACCUGAAAUGUGAGACCUGGCUCCCUCCACCAAGGUCAUACAUUUGGCUUCAGUUCUGUUUCUUCAGAGAAGAUAAGGUCCUGGAACCUGGUUGGAGUAACUCCUCAGAGCUCCAGAUCCCCACCAUGUGGAGUGAAGACUUAGGGUUCUACUGGUGCCAGGCAAAGACAGUGACUCCCAAUAUCAUUAAAGAAAGCCUGCGAUCCCAGAUACAUGUACAGAGGAUCCCUGUGUCUGAUGUGAAUCUAGAGAUCCAGCCCCCUGAGGGCCAGCUGAUUGAAGGAGGAGAUAUGGUCCUUAUCUGCUCAGUAGCCAAGGGUACAGGGACUAUCGCAUUUUCCUGGCACCGGGAGGGCACGGAGAGAAGUUUGGGCAGGAAGAUGAUACGUGCCAUGUCAGCAGAGUUGCGGAUAGCCGCAGUGAGGGAGCAGGACGCUGGGAGGUACUACUGCUCAGCCGACAAUAUCCAAGGCCCCAUCCUCAGUAAACGGAUCAGAGUCACACCAAGAAUUCCAGCAUCCCACCCCAUCCUCACUGUCAAGACACCCAGAGCCCUGGCCGUGGUGGGGGAUAUGGUGGAGCUUUGCUGUGAGGCCCAGAGGGGCUCUCCCCCGAUCCUGUACCGGUAUUACCAUGAGGAUGUCAUCCUGGGGACCAACUCGGCCCCCUCUGGAGGAGGAGCCUCCUUCAACCUCUGUCUGACAGCAGAACAUUCUGGAAACUACGCCUGUGAAGCUGACAACAACCUGGGGGCCCAGCGCAGCAAGGCAGUGAUGCUCAGCAUCACAGUUCCAGUGUCUCGCCCUGUCCUCGCCCUCAACCCUGCCGGGCCCCAGGCUGUGGUGGGAGAUUUGUUAGAACUUCACUGUGAGGUUCAGAGAGGCUCUCCCCCGAUCUUAUACUGGUUUUAUCAUGAAGAUAUCAUCCUGGGGAACACAUCGGCCCCCUCUGGAGGAGGAGCAUCUUUUAACCUCUCUCUGACCACAGAACAUUCUGGAAACUACUCCUGUGGGGCUGACAAUGGCCUGGGGGUCCAGAGAAGUUACAUGGUGACACUCAACUUCACAGGGCUUUCCACAAGCAAAGUAAUCCAUAUCACUGUGGGCGUCAUUGGGUGCCUGCUAAGUGUGCCUGGCCUUGCUGCUACCGCUUAUUUGGUGAGUUACUUCAGGACCCAAAGGAAAUCAGGAGGACCUCCUGCCACUGGAACACCCAGUCCCAAGGAGCAUCAGGGGCCUUCCUGGUCUGGACCCUUCAGCACAGACCCCUACAAGCCCCCCCACUCUGAGCCACCAGCCAUGAUGGAGCUGCAGCCAGUGUACAGCAAUGUGAAUCCUGGAGAUGACAACCUGGUGUAUUCCCAGAUCUGGAGCAGCCAGCAAACAAGCGGAAACCCAGCACGUUCACCAAGGACACAUCGGAAGGAUGAGGAACCUGCAGUCAUCUAUUCGGAGCUGAAGAAGGCACAACCAGAAGACACGGCAGGGCAGGCCUAUGAAGAUCCUGCAGAAAACUAUGAGAAUCUCCCAUGUGCACCAUCAGCUCUGGACCGCUAGACCCCUACCCAGAGGGGCCCUCAAAGACCCUGGGAGCACCUGAUGCCUUCCCCCUGUUCUCCAUAAGCAUGCUUCUCCUUCCAUCCAGCAGGCUGGGUGAAGGUCUGCCCCCACCCCACCCCGCGCCUGAGUCCGCAUGUUCUCUGGGAACAGAAUGGGCAGCAUUUCAGUAAACGCCGCAUUUCUACACAGUAGAGACACAUGAAAGCAGGGCAGGUGGGCCUUCCCCUCCCACACUUGUGGAAUGAGGAGGAAGGGCGAGUGGUUUAGCCAGGAUCACAAGAGUGCUGUCAUGACCAUGUGCUCCGGGUGCCGAACGCUUUGACCGCGCCAUUUCUGCAUGAACAAUUGAAACACUGUGUUUCCUCUUUUAGAUGGACAGGUGGUAAGUGACUGGUAAUGAAGAGGACGAAUACAGAUACAGGACACACACCAAUCUGCUCAGAAUUGGGGGCCUUCAUGAGUCUUCCUCUCCCCCAGGAUCAAACUCCCCCAUACCUGGGGCAGUCAAGCUCCACGGUUUGGUUGUUCAGCACGAACUGUUUGGAGGCUCCAGGGAUCAGCACCAACCCUGGAGGCCCAGGAGAGCCGGUGACUCUCACGACUCAGACGGCAAAGCCUCGUGUCGCCGGGAGCCCACGUGGCCCGAGUCAACAGAGGAGGGAGCAACGCAGGCAGUCAGUGGACCCACGGGACAGACCCCUCCCUUUGCCCACCGACUCCCAAAUAAUUAAAGAGCUGAGUGUCCACCACGGAAGAAAGCAUUUAAAAAGCAUACCAUCUGUUCCUAGGUCUCCAGAAAAGCGGCAGAGUUGCUUGGAGUGCCUUUUAUUCACGUGAAUAAGGGAUCUGUCACCUGGGGUGAGACUAAACUUGCGCUCGCUGUAAAAACGAUAGGCCGUCGCCAGCUGGUGCAUUCACUGAGGACCGGUGUACUUCGGCUGAUACAUGCCAUGGACGACGUUGAUUUUAUACCUGCCCUGUUUAGGGCUUCAAGUAAAAAACACAGCAAGGCUUUGCAAACCUUUGGAAUAGCAAGAUAAAAAGAACAAAGUGUGUUUCCAAAGAUUAUUCCUUUCCCCGUGGGUGUCAGAAUCCUGGGUAAGGGGAAGUGUAACAUACAGCAAAGCUUAAUCCAAUUUGAGGUUUUAAUCUUAGCUUCAUGAAUUUGGCUGGCAAACUAAUUGGCUGAGGGGGGUGGGGGAGUGUUGUCCUUCCUAAAGAGGGAAUAUAUAUUUUUGUUAUGAAAGAGUGACUUCUAUGUCUUGUUUCCAUAUUAACAGGUACAAAAUGCUCUCCAGAAUGUAUGCCUGGCCUUUAGAGACAGCAAAAAAUCCAGGUGUAAUCUGUAUCUAUGCUUAAAUUUGGCCCCAAAUGCCUCCCAACUUUGAGUUCCAGGAAGAAUAGAGCCAUAUAGGGGGGAGAGGGACAUGCCACAAGGUCCCAGCUGUGGGAAACCCAUCUGAAAGAGUGGUGACAAAAGGCAAAGUCCCCAAGGGAGAGAGGCGGCAUCAAGGCAGCAUCCCGGGGCCAGUAAGAGUCAUUCUGCAGGAGGGCACGUCAGACACCAGGACGGCAGCCUCUCACGUGGGCAAGAUCCAUGAUGCCAGCGAAAGAUGGGGACAGCAAGGGGCUCUCUGGUGCUCAGAACAGUUCUGAUGGGGUGCAGACCCUCUUCCCAGAACUCCGUAUCCAGGUCCUCAAACUGAGGGCAAACAGCACCCAUCAGCAGCAAAGGAGAGGCUAAGGAAGAAUUGGGAAAAUAUCCAAGAGGACGUCAUGUUUCCAGCUAGUCAGGAAGGUAACAUUUAAGACCUCAAGAUUUAAGACAUAAUGAUAAUUUCUUUCUUUACAUUAUAUUUAUUUAUUUACAAAUGUCUGGAAGAACAAUUUAAACACAAUAAAUCGCAUAUAUCUGAAGUAUACCAUUUCAUGUUAUACCAAGAAAAUAAGAAACCACCACAAUCAAGAUCCCAAACAUCUCCAUCACUCCCCAGUGUUCUCCUGCCCUGAGGAACACAUUUUUCCCUCCACACUAUCUUCUGCCAUCACCAGAUGCUUUCUGUCACUAUAGACUAGGGUGUAUUUUCUAACGUUUUAUGUAAAUAGCACCAUACAGCGUAUACUCUUUUGUGCCUGGCAUCACUCACUAAGCAGAAGAAUCUGAGACUCAUUCACAUUGUUUCAAACAGCAACAGCAUAGUCCUUUCUAUUGCUAAAUAAUAUUCCAUAGGAUGUGAUACAUUUUUAUUAUCCAUCUCU